AUGGAAACAGGCAGGCCAGACUGGCUCUGACAGCAAAAAUACGCCUGUCGCUGGGGAGCCAAACUCUCCGGAUCUGGUGUUUGUUCUUUAAUUUGAAAGUCCGAAUGGUGUCGAAGUAGUAGAUACGUCAACAUGUUACACAUUUGGGAGCAUCUCUCGACGACUCCGAAACUCCGGGUGUCACUUUUCGCCUUUCUUCUCCUUCUUGUUGUCUCCCUUGGUGACGCCAGACUGCGGCGGACACGAAGCGUCACCCCCUCGACGGAGGAAACGGUAGAAACUUACGACAAAUACUACAAUUAUGUUGAGCUGACCGGGCGUUUACAGUCCUUAGCGCAAAAAUACCCUCACAUAGCUAACCUGUCGAGUAUAGGUGAGUCUGUGGACGGCAGGGAGCUCUGGGUGAUGCGGAUCACCAAGGACCCCAACAUGGACACACCGGGGAAACCCAAAUUCAAAUACGUCGGGAACAUGCACGGCGACGAAACCGUGUCCAGGCAGGUGUUGGUGUACCUGGUGGAGUACUUGCUGACUAACUAUGGAGAGGAACCGCGAGUCACUGAGCUGGUGAAGACCACGGAUAUCUACAUCAUGCCCAGCAUGAACCCCGACGGCUUUGAGAAGUCCGUGGAGAGUGACUGCGGUGGCAACAACGGGGGUCGAAGCAAUAGCAAAAAUAUGGACCUCAACAGAAGCUUUCCUGAUCAGUAUGAUGACAAGAAAAUCAAUCAAGAUAGUAUCCCCGAGGUUGUGGCAAUGAUCAGAUGGAUCCAGGAGAAAAAAUUCGUGCUCUCAGGGAACCUGCAUGGCGGCACUGUGGUCGCCAGUUACCCUUUUGAUGACUCCGCUAGGCACGUGCAGCAGGGCAGCUACAGCCCGGCAGCAGACGAUGCCCUGUUUCGCUACUUGGCCCUGGUGUAUUCCAUGAACCACCCUGUGAUGAAAACCGGUGAACCCAACUGUCCCGAAGCCCCCGAGGAAACCUUUAAAGAUGGCGUCACCAAUGGGGCUCAGUGGUAUGACGUGUCUGGAGGGAUGCAAGACUACAACUACCUCCAUGGAAACUGUCUGGAAAUCACCAUGGAGCUGAGCUGCUGCAAAUACCCUCCUGCUUCUAAGCUCCAUAAGGAAUGGGAUCUGAACAGGGAAUCUUUAAUAGCAUACAUAGAAAAGGUCCAUAUCGGUGUCCGUGGAUAUGUGAAAGAGGCCGUCAAUGGCUCUGGCCUCGCAAAUGUCAACAUUGUGGUGGAAAGUAUUCGCCACAACCUGACAACAGGAAAAUAUGGGGACUACUACCGCCUUCUACUACCAGGAACAUACAACAUCACUGCUGUGGCCCCAGGGUACUCACCAAUGACAGUCCAUAGUGUCCGGGUCGUGGAGGGCACAGCCACAGAACUUAACUUCACGUUGGUACCUGUGGUCAGAGAGGCUGCUGGUAGCAUCACUGUAACAACAAACUCCAUGCCAUCCACCAAUGAAACACACCCCUCCACCACCACCACCACCACCACCAGCACCAACUCUUCUGACACCACCCAGACUCGAGUUCUUCCUUCUGAGGGGAGCAAGAGCAGCCCUCCUGUACUUCCAACUGAAAAUCAGCCCAUUCAGCCUCAGGAAUUUCGUCACCACAACUACGACGACAUGGAGUUGUUCUUACGCAAGUACAGCAGCGACUUCCCCUCCAUCGCCCAUCUUUACUCAGUCGGCCAGUCCGUAGAACACCGCGCACUCUAUGUGAUGGUCAUCUCAGACAACCCUACUGUCCAUGAGCAUGGCGAGCCAGAGUUUAAGUACAUUGCCAACAUGCACGGUAAUGAAGUGGUGGGCCGAGAGUUAAUGCUCAACCUCAUCGAGUACCUGUGCCGUAACUAUGGUACCGACCCGGAGGUCACUCAGUUGGUCAACAAUACUCGCAUCCACAUCAUGCCUUCUAUGAACCCUGACGGCUAUGAGGUAGCCAAUGAAGGUGAUGUAAAGGGCUACAAGGGACGCAACAACAGCAACAAUUUCGACCUGAACCGCAACUUCCCAGACCAGUUUGUUAACAUCACAGAGCCCAGACAGCCAGAGACUACAGCUGUGAUGAACUGGAUCAAGAGCAUCCCCUUCAUGCUGUCAGCCAACCUCCAUGGAGGUUCUUUGGUGGUCAACUACCCCUACGAUGAUGACAAAGAAGGGAUGUCUCAGUACAGCCAGUCGCCGGAUGACGAAGUCUUUCAGCAGGUGUCUCGAGCUUACUCACAGGAGAAUCCUUUGAUGCACAAUGGACACCCUUGUGAGGACCUGUACAAAGGCGAAUAUUUUGAGGAUGGCAUCACCAAUGGUGCCAACUGGUACAAUGUGCCUGGUGGCAUGCAGGACUGGAACUACAUAAACACCAACUGUUUUGAGGUGACUAUCGAGCUCGGCUGUGUGAAGUACCCCAAGGCCAAGGAUCUUCCAAACUUCUGGGAACAAAACCGACGAGCCUUGCUCCAGUUUAUACACCAGGCUCACACUGGGAUAAAAGGCACAGUCUCUGACAUUAGGGAUGGCCAAGGAAUUCCCAAUGCUACCAUUAGCGUGGAGCAGAUAGAGCAUAACAUCUCCACAGCUCGUACAGGAGAUUACUGGAGACUGCUGACCCCUGGGACUUACUCUAUUACUGCCUCCGCCCAUGGUUACAAAUCUGUGAGGAUCUAUGCCACAGUCUCAAAGGAAGGAGUCGAGGUGGUGGACUUCCGACUGACACGUUUAUCAGACCUGAAUAGCCAGUCUCUCAAGCGUCCCCCACCCACACCAAACCCAACCGAGAAGGAGUUCCAGAGUUUAAUUAAGGAGCUCUCUAUGGGCCAGGGUUUAGAGCAGCUGGUCAGGAACACGGCAACAGAAAACAGCUUUCGCUACAGACGCUACAAAGAGCUGUCCGGCGUUCUGAGAGGCCUCACACUUAACUUUCCAAAAAUAACAUCUUUACGCAGUUUGGGCCAAAGUAUAGAGUUUCGUACUAUUUGGGCUCUGGAAAUCUCCAACAAUCCAGAGGAAGCUGAACCGUCUGAGCCCAAGAUCCGUUUUGUAGCAGGUAUCCAUGGCAACGCCCCAGUGGGCACAGAGCUGCUGCUGGAGUUUGCUGCCUUCCUGUGUAUCAACUAUGGAAAGAACCCAGCCAUCACCAGGCUGAUCAAUGAGACCCGGAUUGUCAUCGUGCCUUCUAUCAACCCAGAUGGACGAGAGCAGGCUGUUGAGAAGCAGUGCACCUCCACGCAGGGCAUGAGCAAUGCUCAUGGAAAGGAUCUGGACACAGAUUUCUUUGGCAAUGCGUCCCAGCGUGUGGUAGAGGCCCAGCCAGAGACCAGAGCCAUGAUGGACUUGAUUCAGGACAAAGGCUACACUCUGUCUGUUGCCCUUGAUGGAGGCUCCCUUGUUGCUACCUACCCUUAUGACAAGCCUGUCCAGUCUGUUGAAAAUGAGGGCACAUUGAAGUACUUGGCAAGUGUUUAUGCCAACAACCACCCGAAGAUGCACCUCGGGGACACCGGAUGUUUAAACAAUGGGCAGAUAGGCAAUAUCCAAGAUGGAGUUAUGAGAGCAGCAGAAAGACAAAGUCACAUGGGCAGCAUGAAGGACUUUAGCAUGGACUUUGGCCACUGCCCAGAGAUCACAGUGUAUAGCGGCUGCUGCCUGUUCCCUCCUGCUGAGCAGCUGCCCACACUCUGGGCUGAAAACAAGAAGGCUCUCCUGAGCAUGUUAGUGGAGGUCCAUAAAGGGGUGCGUGGCGUGGUGAGGGACAAGAGUGGAAAGCCUAUUGUUGGGGCGAUCAUUGUCCUGAAUGGGGGAGUGAGGGUCUUUACCAAAGAUGGUGGCUACUUUCAUGCGCUGCUGGCUCCUGGGAACCACAACAUUGAAGCUGUGGCUGAUGGCUACCAACAGCAGCGUCAAGAGGUGGUGGUGUCUUCCUAUGAAGCUGCUCGCUCCAUCAUCAUUGAGUUUGACAUGGACAACAGCAUCUUUGGCCUGCCCAGAGAGUUUGUGGUGGCCAGUGCAGCAGCCUCCAUGACGGCGCUGGUCGUGACCGCGUGCAUCAUCUGGUGCGUGUGCGCCGCCAAGUCCAAUCGUCAAAAAGACGGCUUCCACCGCUUACGUCAGCACAGAGAUGAUUAUGACGACGAGAUCCGGCUCACCUCCAUGGGCUCCAAGAAGUCGCUGCUUGCCCACGAGUUUCAGGACGAGAGUGAAAGCGAUGAGGAGACACUGUAUGCCAACAAAAUCUGAGUUGCAUCGAUUUGGCUUUUGGCAGAGUAUUUUAUUUUGAUCUCCCCCUUAGAUUUAACCAAGGAACAGGAUGAACUCUUGAUCUCUUUAUGAUGGAGAUAUGAGUGAUAAAAGACACUUUGUUCCGUUGUAACAACAAGCUCUAAGACACCCAGUCACUCAGUUAUUAGUGCUACUAAAUUAUUACUUUGAGAGCAUCCUGCUGGUGUCUGGACUGAAGGGCUUGCUCCAUCUCUACCUGACUGGAUCAGGAGGAAAAGGACAAAGAAAGUGCUUAAAAAGAGGGAGAGAGAAAUAAAGGAUUGCUCCGCUGUGGCCCUCAUCCGUCCUUUUUAUCACAGGUUUUGAGUUCUGCAGCUUUUUCCAUUUCCGAGCCAUGCAGUAGUGCUCUUUUAAGACCACUACCUGUCCUGCCUGGCUGAGGGGUUCCAGCCAAUAAGUCCAAAUAAACCUUUUUGUUUA